CGAACAAGGUAUUGCUGGGCGGGCCAUCAUAUUCACUCAGACCUAGCUUGAACCGUCUUGCAUACCUUUUCCCAAAGGACAAUCCGUUCGCCAUGUCGAUGAACCUGCCUUCGGGUCCGCCAAAGGCUCAGUCGGAUCCACGAAAGACUCGUCCCACCGCCGACCUCUUCACUUCGACCCCACCUCCCACCGUAGAGACCUUUGGAACCCUUCUGGUCUUGCCAUUCAAUAUCUCACCUACAGCGUUCUCCAAGCCUGAUCCUGCUACUGGUCAACAGAAAGCUGGAGGACAAGGUCGAGCCGAGGCCGAAGGAGAGAUCAAGGAAGGCUUCAGGAGGUUGAUCGCCGAGCUGCAAGGAGCGGGAUUGAAGGUUACGACUCGGGUCAGCGGAGAUGGUGUGAAGAUUUGGGUCUUUGUCGGGGCGGAACAGAGGAGAUUGGCCGAGCUCGCAGCGAGGGAGAGACGAGAAGACUUCCUCCAUUCGAUAACAACGUCUACUCGUCCCACCCCAUACAGCUCGACUCUCCCAGACGCCGACAAGAUCCGGCUAGUUACCGAGCUUAUCUCAACCAACACCUUGCAAGGCGGACUCGGUAUCACGCCGGGAGAAGGUGCUUGGCGGCGAGUCGAAGGGAUCGUCGGGUUGCAUGAUGAGCAGGCGAACCACGCAUGGGUACAAGCCUGGCUGACCAAACGUUGGACUACCGGGCUGUUCGGCAUGGGCAACGAGAGGGACGAGGAAGAUGAUAGGACCAGGAUUCUGAACAUUUACGGACCUUCGGUGGCGCUCUACUUUGCCUUUGUCUCGUUCUACGCUCGGGCUUUGGGACCUUUGAGCGUGAUCGGUGCGGUAUAUUGGCUCGGUUCCAAGGGGGUAUACGGCAAGAUCGCAACUCUCAUCGGACUCGAAACGUGGGCUUAUACCGGAGGCCUGCCGGAAGCUGGAUACGGCUGGUCCUGGAGCUGGACGUACGCUGCCGUGGUCGGGAUCUGGGGGAUCGCCGUCACCGAGGGAUGGAGGAUCAAGGAGCGCAAACUUUCCGUUCAAUUCGGAACGUUCAGGGUCACCAAGGUCAGCAGACUGCGAGCGCAAUACCUCAGAUCACUUCCCGGGACCUAUGGAGGGGCCGCCCCAUCCAUCACUGCCAUCGACGCGCUCAAUGCCAGUCACUCGGUCAGCGGCGACCCGACCUUUAUCGCCAGAGAAGCCAAGAUCUUGGCUAGCGUCCCGGUCAUCAUCGGACUGGGCCUCGUCCUCGGAGCUCUGUUGACAUCGAUCUUCAUCUUCGAGGCGUUUCUCAGCAAGCUUUAUGACGGUCCAGGCAAAUCGGCCUUGGGCUUGAUCCCUACCCUCAUGUUCGUCGGUGUGGUACCCAACGUCUUGGCCCUGUAUCACUCGAUCUCGGCCAGAUUGACCAACUGGGAGAACCAUCCCACCAAGUCCAGCCAUACCGCCAGUCUGACGGUCAAGACUUUCGCUAUGAACGCGAUCGUCGCCUACCUCGGUCUCUUCCUCUCGGCUUUCAUCUACGUGCCCUUCGGCGAGCUCAUCAUGGCUUACCUGAGCAAGACACCUCAGGCUGGCAAAGUCCCGCAUUUGCAAGCCGAACAGACUGGGCUCGGUCCGCAAACAAGUGUCGGCGCUCGCGCCGUCGUCAAGACCGAUAGGUUGGCGGGACAGCUCUUUGCCUAUACCGUCACGAACCAAGCGAUCAAUGCCUUUACCGAGCUUGGCUUGCCAUACAUCAAGGAGUACAUCGCAAACUAUCGUGGAAUCAAGGCGAACCGGGAUGCUGGAAAGAAGACGGGUGCCGAGCCAAUGAGCUUGGCUCAACGUGAUCCCCGAGAGAGGAGCCUCUUGAAGAAAGUCGAUCGAGAGUUGGGCUUGAUCGAGUACUCGAAUUUUACCGACUACGCCGAAAUGGUCACUCAAUUCGGUUACAUCACCGUCUGGUCGGUCGUCUGGCCUCUCGCCCCGUUGUUCGCUCUGAUCAACAACUGGUUGGAGCUGCGAACGGAUGCUGCCAAGAUUGCAACCCACGUGAGGAGACCCAUCGCCGAGCGUGUCGAGAGUAUUGGACCUUGGUUGAACACCAUGUCCUUCAUCACCUGGCUCUCGUUUGUCACCAGCUCCACCCUUUGUUACUUGUUCCGCCCGAACCUCGAACUCCCGAUCAGCGAUCAAUCGAUCAACCCGAACUCGAACCUUACUACCAACUACCUUCCCCGCUGGAUGGCCGAAUCGGCCAUGGUCAGGACGGCUCUCCCGAUGCUCAUUCCCGCCUUAUUCGUCGCCUUGGUCGCCUCGCAUGGCUACUUUGUCGUCCGUCUCGCCGCCCGACAGAUCGCUGAGAAGCUGAUUUGGGAACCGAGUGCCGAAGCCAAGGCUUUGGAAAUGAGCGAAGAGGCUGUGAAACGCAACUUUUUGCAAGGAAAGUUUGAUGACGGUCUCUCGGCGAUCGGUGGCAGCGUCCAAUCCCAGUUGGAAGACACGAGAUUCGCUCAGGCUCUACCGUUCUGGAGGGGAGUUGAAGAAGGGACACAAGCUAUUGCGUCUGCACUGAAGCACGAAUAG